CCUCAUUCGACCUUCUCGACUGCAAACUCACGACUCCAGCCUUCUACUCGUCGAAGCGGGUCGGGAGUCGGCUGUAGGCUUGAUGUUGAGCUUCUGCGACAUCCUUUCUAUGGACGCUUGCCCCGUCGGUAUCAUCUGCAUCAUGGUCUGAUCAGCUGGCACAGCUGAUCGAAUCCGGCAAACAACCUCUCUUCUCUCCGCAGCGACUCUGACCGACUGGAAGCCGAUCACGCUCUCGAAGCAGCAGCAGCCGCAAUCUCAUCUGCUUACAUCCCUGAACACAUGCAUACAUCCCGCAACACACAAAAGUCGAGAUGGCGAGAAUACCGUCGCGGGGCUUUACUGUUGCUCAUCAGAAGGUGGCGUUGGAUCUAGACCUGGAGAGGCACAUCGCGUCUGGCUACACGGAACUGACUGUCGCACCUACAGACAAGGCAUUGCGCGUCAUUCACCUCAACUUCAAAGGUCCAGGCAUACAACGCGUCUCGAUCAACUCUAUCGCUGCAGAUUACUCGUUUGUGGAUCACACGUCUGACCUCACACUCUCAGAUCCCAGCAAUGUGCACCUGUACCCGGAACUCAAGCGCAGGCUGUAUGCAGCCGCAUCCGAUGGGGCAGGUGGAGAGCUGUCUAUUCUCAUCCCGCCGACCAUCAACCUCGACUCCUCCUCUGCCAGCACUCCCAUCGACGCUCCCACACCCGGGGGUCAGAAUUCGGAACUGCCGACGCUCCUGGUCAGGGUGGAGUACACCCUGGUGCACCCAACGGAAGGUCUCACGUUCAUCUCGCCCACGCCCGAAUCACCUCAUCGUUCACCUCACCUCUAUUUGGCUCCUACUUGUCCCGACUUUGCGAGGUGUUGGGUACCUUGCGUCGACAGCUUGUGGGAGCGAUGCACGUGGGACAUUGUACUUGUCGUUCCAGCCACACUGCGGGACGCCGGCGCAGGUCAGGAUGAGGAUGUAGCGAUCAUCGCCCUCGCCUCGGGAGAUCUCGUCGAAGAGGUCGCGCACCCGCACAAGGCGUCCAAGUCGGUCUUUUACUUUUCGCAAGCCGUGCCGACCUCUGUGCAUCACAUUAGCAUCGCAGCAGGGCCUUUUGUCCUUUACGACGUCUCUUCCGCCUCUCACGGCGCACCGCACCGCACUCUGCAAGACAGUGCCUCGAAGAGCCAAGUGCCGAUCCAUGCGUACGCGCUGGUGGGCAGAGAUGGUGAUCUCGCUCCGACUACGAGCACCGUUCUCGCAGCGAUGGAUUUCUACAGUCGCGACUACGGAUCCUAUCCGUUCGCGUCCUUCAGCAUGGUCUUUGUGGAUGAACCGCCUUCUAAUUGUCACACCACCGCUACCCUACUGCUCCUCUCCUCGGACCUCCUUCAUCCAGCAAACGUGAUUGAGCAGGCGCUGGAAACGCGCAUGGUGUUGCACCAAGCGUUGGCUUUCCAAUGGGUCGGCAUCAACAUCAUCCAGAGGACGUGGUCGGAUACCUGGCUAGUGCAAGCUCUCAGCUUGUACCUCUCCGGCCUAUUCUUGCGCAGACUGAUGGGUCAGAACGAGUAUCGCUUCAGAUUGAGAAAAGAUGUGGACAAGGUCUGCGCGGCGGACAUUGGCAUGGCGCCUCUCUGCGUUCAGGGGUGCAUGGAGCCGCCAGACGAAAGCUAUUUGACCUUUAUGAACCUCAAAGCCCCGCUCGUGCUGCACAUUUUGGAUCGUCGACUGCGAAAAGCUGGAGCUUCCUUGGGUCUCGGUCGAGUGAUCCCUCGCGUGCUUCUGCAAGCCAUCACGGGCGAAUUGGUCGGCAACACCCUCAGCACUUCUAGCUUUCUGCGCACGUGCCGCAAAGUCAGUAGCGUGGAUCUCAGAGCCUUUGCAAAGCAGUGGAUCUACUCGAGCGGAUGCCCUACUUUCUAUUGCAGCGCCGAAUUCAAUCGCAAAAAGCUCAUCAUCGAGUUCAACAUCAGGCAAGAGUCUCCUGCGGCGAUCUUUGCCGCUCAGCAUCCCCAUGAGGCCACAUCUUCAAAUCCCUCGCAAGUCUUUGAAGGUCAAAUGACAGCCCGCAUACACGAGGCGGAUGGGACGCCUUAUGAGCACGUCUUCGACAUCAACGCUGCAUCGAAGCGCAUCGAAGUGCCUUUCAACACCAAGUACAAGCGAGUACGCAGAAACACGAAGCGUUUUCAGGCUAGACAGGCCGCUGCUGCUGCUGCGGCACAGGGCGAUCAAGAUGCGGCAGAAGCCAUGACCCUCAUAGACCUCGGCUUUUCCUGCUCAUUGUGGGAAGAUGAGGCGGAACGAGAGAAAUGGAGAGUGGCGGAUUGGACGGAGGAGGAUGAAAAGAUCAUGGCCUCGGCUCCCCACGAGUGGAUACGCAUGGAUGCUGAUUUUGAAUGGAUCGCCAACAUUCACUUUGAUCAGCCCGACUUCAUGUGGGUCUCUCAAUUGGAGCGAGAUCGCGACGUGGUCGCGCAGAUGAGCGCGAUCAAUGCUUUGGCUCAGCUGCCCAACCCCGUGUCCUGCUCCACCCUUACCCGCACGGUGCUGGUGGAAAAGUACUUUUUCAGAGUCAGAAUGGAAGCUGCGCACGCUCUGAUCAAUAGUGCGGUGGAGGAGCAAGACUACUUGGGUUUGUUUCAUCUCCUGAUGCUUUUCCGCCGAGCUUUCUGUCACGAGAUACCUGCAGACUCCAGGGCUGUGCAGGGCCUGCGGGCAGAUCGCGUGGACCUCAACGAGCCCUGCAUUCCAAAAGCCAACGAUUUUGGCAACAUUGCAGAGUAUUUUGUGGGAAAAGCCAUCAUUCAAGCCAUCAGUCGCGUCAGGAACGUUAGAGGCAGGACUCUGCCUCAGGUAAAGAGGUUCCUCAUCAAUCUCUUGAGAUACAAUGACAACUCGACAAACCGAUACGCCGACGAAUUCUACAUUGCUGGCAUCAUCGAAGCGCUCUCGGGCGCUUUUGUACCUGCCACCUCUCGACUUUAUGGCGGUUUUGUGCCGGCGGAUGAGGAUCCGGACGCGCGGUACGACGAAGAACUGCUGCUCGAGGCUCGUUACGAGGUGGAGAGGUUUCGCGAGCUUGACAAGCUCGUGCCGUCUUUUCACAACACCAUCACCCUCGCAGCCAUCGACUUUAAUCUUGUCCUCACGCUAGCCAAUCUGCAACCGGUGGAUCUGCCCUUAUUCUUGGCAUACACGAGACAGGGCAGCUUCGCGCCGGUGAGGACGGCGGCCUUCGGAGCGAUGCUGCUGAUGCGAGGUUUGCAGCACAAGGUCAUCACGAGAUACAUCUUUGCCGUGCUACAGACUGACGAGAGCAGGUCGGUCAAGAGGGCGCUCAGCAAUGCAAUGUGCGAAGCUCUAGCAGUGUCCAUCGCAACGGGAGACUUUACAGCAGCUUCGAUCUUGGAUGAAGGUCAGGCGGAGCCUACAGAACUUCUUGCGCUGACAAAGGACGAGGCGGUGGUAGACUCUCUGUUGCGGCCGUUGCGAAAGGAUAUCGGGAGAUCUGCAAGCGUGCGAGAAGGAUUCCUGAGCGCUCUGCUCAGCCCUGCUGCCGACUUGCAGACUAGGUGGGCACUCUUGAGAUUGGCAGAGAUGCUCUUCAAGCCGGCGGAUGAGCAUGAUGUGCCUUUUCAGCCCAAAUUGUCCUUGCGCGUGCGCGUACCUAGUUUGGCAACUGCAGCAGAGAAUAGUGCUGCGCCUCUCCCUACUCCACGCAUUCGAAUCAAGACGACCUCUUCGGAUGUUCUAGCGUCCAUCGCCGAAUCGUCGGAGGUGGAAGAUGCCUCUACCAGCAGCACUACAACCAUGGCGCAGCAGCAGCCCAAAGUCUCCUUUUCUGCUUCGUCGGCUGCUGCUGCUGCUCCGAGCUCGGACAGCGCUGCAGGGACGACGACAGCUCCUUUGGCAGUCAAGAUCAAGAGGUCCUCUAAGCCAAAGAAGGCCAAGCCUGUGGAUGUGGCGCAGAGCUCGGGCAUGUCCCCAUCGGACUUGACAGUGUGCAGAAGCAUGAUCAAGGAUCUCUUUGACGAUCGUCGUAUGGGAAAGCACUCUGCCGCUUUCAGACUGCCUGUAGAUCCUGUUCGAGAUGGCGCGCCAAAUUACUUUGAUGUGAUCGACGAUCCGAUGGAUCUCUCUUCCAUGCGCGACAAGCUCAAUGCUGGACUCUACCAGAACCGAUUCGACUUUAAAACGGACUUUGACCUGAUGAUUCGCAACGCCAAGACGUUCACGCCUUCGGAGACGGCCAAAGUGCACCGAGAUGCCAAGGCUUUGGAACAGGCGUUUGGAAAGAGAUGGAGCGCCAUCAACAAGACCAUUGCACAGACUGAAGCGAAGGCUAGAGGAGAAAAGGUUGUGCCGACGGAAGCGCAGGCGAGCAGCAGUGCGACCGAGCCGCAGGCGGAAACGGCGGCGAUAGCGGCUGAGCCAUCUACAUCGACAUUACCGGGGCGAGAAGACUCUCCUGAUGAGCCCCUCGCUGCGGGCUCAGGUCUGGCGCGCACAUCGGCGGUGACCGCCUCACCUGUACCGCCGACAGCCACACCCUCGACGAGCGCGCCAAAGCUCGGAUUGAAGCUCAAGUUGAAGCCAAAGAUUUCUAAAACGGCCAGCGAGGACGCUGGAGCUGGUGCGUCACCUGCACCUGUGGGCGUUGAACGCGAAGCUUCAGCGACAUUACCUGCAGCUACUCCGUCCGCGCCCAAAGGUGCAAAGGGUGCGGAGGCGAGAGCUACGACGAGUCCGGCGCGUUUCCUCUCGCCUGCGCCUUCCACGUCCAGCACGACGCAGACCACGCCGACCCACAGCAAGAAGUUCUCCGCUUUGGACCCGGUCGCUGCUGGGAAUGGCGAGCCGGUGCAUUUCAAGCAGUCAAGGGCUAUGCUUGCUGCGCUCAAAAAACGACCAGAGGCGCACUGGUUCAAGGAUCCUGUGGACGCGAAUGCUCUACCUACAUAUUACCAAGAGGUCAAGGCUCCCAUGGAUCUAGGCACGGUGGAGCGCAAGCUGCUCGCUCACGACUACAAGGAUAUGGGCCAGCUGGCUGCUGAUGUGCUGCUGAUCGUAUCCAAUGCGCACCAAUUCAAUGGCGCUCUAUCAGCGGUCGGGCAAGACGCGAGCAAGCUGGAGAAAUCGUUUCGCAAAGAAUUCGCAGAGGCGAUGGUGCGACGAUUGGAGGAAGGCGAUAAGCGGAUCCUGGCUGGCGUCUUGAGCCGUCUGCGAGCCGAGCCGGUCGCAUUCUUGUUCCUCGAACCCGUCGACACUACCGUCUACUGGCACUACUUUGACAUUGUGAAGAGGGAAGAAGCUCGGGAUCUGAGUCUGAUCGGCAAGAAGCUCAAAGAGGCAAGGUACGACUCGGUGGAUGCGUUCGAAAAGGAUCUGCGAAUGAUGCUGGACAAUUGUCACAAGUUCAAUGCGGAUAAUGAAGAGGUGCUGGAAUUUGCUAGGACGUUUGAAAAGGUCUUGCAGAGGGAAAUGAUGGGCGCUAGGAACGCCAUCUCCAGAGGCGCUGCUUCGGCCACGAAGAGGAAGAGCGCAGGUCCGGCGGGAAGCGCUGCUGCUGCUGCUGGAAACAAGAGAGCUCGAUCUUGAGAAAGAGUGUCGGAAGAAUUUGCGAAUUCUUGGUACAUGAUUUCUAUUCUUCUGUCAUCCGGAACCCUCCGUCAUGAGCAGACUUGGCUUCUGUUUUCCUCCCGCAUCAGCAUGUCCUUUUUGGGGGACUCGGAAGCUACACGGCGUUGUAAUGUAUCGGAUCAAAGGUCG